GAAAAAUCAAAUUAUAAAUAAAAAAUAAUAAAAUAAUAUUAUUCUAAGACAUAAACUUAAAAAAAUUAAAAAUAAAAAUAUAUAAAAAUGGAAUCCUGUUUUCCGCCAUUAGCGGCAUUGUCUCUAAGAGGCAGCAGUCAUAAUAAUUCUAAGUCACAAAAAAAUAAUCGUCAUAGUACUGGCGGUAGUACCCCAUCGACAGCAUCCAGCUGUAAUAAUCUUAAUAAUCAUAAUAAUAGUAAUAAUAAUAAUAACAAUAAUAAUAAUAAUAUAAAUAAUAAUAGUAACAGUAAUGGACACAAUAAUCAUUGUAACAGUAUGAGCAAUAAUAAUGAUUAUUGUAUCAGUAAUAGUAAAAAAUUAAACCAAAAUAAUUCUAGUACUGAUUUUACACCAAAACUUGAAGUAUUACAAGAUUUGGAUUUAUAUUAUAUUAGGCAAAUUGCAUCAAGUUUAAAGGAACUUGAUUUAGAACAAAAAAUUGAUUUAGAAAUAAAAAUGCGUGAAGGUUCUGCAAAAUUAUUGGCAGCAUGUAAUAAUUCUAGAAAUGGUUCAUCAAAUACAUUAAAUAAUCAUACAACACAUAAUACACAAAUGUUAGAAGCAGCUAAAAAUCUUUUAACAUCAAAUGAAAGAAUGACAGCAUAUAUGGCAGAAUUACAACGUCGUAAACGUGAUAAAGAUACAUUGGCAAAAACAAAGCCACGCGGUAAAGUUUCAUUAAGUGAAAUACGUAUGCCAUUAAUGUGGCGUGAUACAGAUCACUUUAAAAAUAAAGGUGAUUAUCGUAGAUUUGCAGUUUUUUGUUUAGCUAAAAUUGGAACAGAAAUUUAUGAUACAUCCUUAUUAUCACCGGUUGAUAGAAAUUUAACUGAUCUUUGUUUUAAUGAUGCCAUAUUAUUCACAAAUAUUACUCCAGAUUUUGAAUUAAAAUUGGAAGUUUAUGCUGUAAUGAUGGAAUCUGAUCUAUCAAUUGCAUCAACACCUAGAAAAAUAAAAAAUACAAUACAUUCAUCAAUAUCAAGAACAGUAGGUAGAAAAUUGGCAGCCAAUUUAAAGGAUGAAUUAAAUAAUACAAAAAUUGGUCCGAAAUUUGAAUUAAUAGCUACAGCACAUUUAACAUUGGCUGAAGCUUCAGAUACAGCUCAUACACAUGAUUUAUGUUUAAAUCCAAAUAAUGCAACAGUAAAUAUAAGUAAUAAAUUACCGUUAUUUGGUCAUUUCUGUUGUCGUCUUGCUAUUCAACCAGAUUUUUAUGAGCAAUCAACUAUAAAUGGUGAAAUAUGUUUAUUACAAAAAGAACCGACACGACCAAUUCAAGGUUAUGCAAGACUUCAAGCAUUUAGAGUCGAAAUUUGGGAUGAUGAAAAAGCAUUUCAAGGAAGUUAUCAACCAAGACGUUCUGUUGGUAUAACACGUGAAACUAAACUUAAAUUAAGAACUGGAGAGACUGAUUUGGUUGUAACAAAUCUAGAAAAUGGAAGUAUUGAAGAAUAUAUACUUAGAACAAAAACAGCACCAGAUGCACUAAAAUGGUAUUCAGCUGUUAAAAAAGCUAUAAGAGAACAUAAUCAGUGGGGACAUGUAUGUCAAUCGGAACCAAUGCAAUUGGCAGUACCAUAUAAUCCAAGAAAUUAUUUUGUUAGAAAUACGCGGCAAGGUUCAUUCUAUGAUCAAGUACCAAUUUUAGAAUCAUUAGAUAAUCGACAAUCUUCUCGACCUAAUGUUCAGGAUAUUUUUGCUAUACCAAAUUCAAAUGGAAAUUCUCAUAUUGUUAGCGGUAUUGUUACAAAUGUUGAUGUUAGUAAUGGUAAUAGUACCGGCGAUACUUCUCCAACAUUAAAUGAUUUUAGAAAUCGAACAUAUUCAUCAGGAAGAAGUAGUACACAUAGCAGUAGUACACUUAGUGCCAGCAGUAUCGGAUCAAUAAAUUCUAGAAAAUCUCAUUGGCCAUUCAGUGGAAAAUAAAUAAAUUGAAAACUGAUACUAAACGGAGGAGGUCCAAAAAAAAAAAAUAUCAAAUAAAAGAAAAUUUUUAUUUCGAACUCUUAAAGCUGCAAUAUUUUUAAGUGGAUAUUGGAAAGCAAACAAAAUUAUUUAUAAUUAAUAUUAAUAAUCACCAAAAUAUUCUUUCCGUUUUUACUUGAAUUUUU